CCAAGGUCAGGAGCGCUUAGGCAAGGCGGCAAAUGGCGCUCCCCCUCGCCACCUCUCUUUUCAAGCACAUCGCCGGCGGGAGUUCGCUGGGGUUGGUACGGCCGCUACGGAAGCACCAACAGCGCCUGUAGUUCUCGCGUCUAGCGUCAGUACUCUGAGUUCAGAAGCGCUGUUGCAGAAGCGCGUCAGCUGUUGUUGGCAGCUCCACGGAAAUCCGGGGCGUAAAGGUGCCUGCGUAUCGCUUCGCACACAGUGCCGCCAUAUACUGCACUUUAUUCGGAAAGCCCGUCGACCGGUGGCUAAGAAGCACCUUUCUCUUUUAUUUCAAAAGUGCAAGCGAGUCGAGUCAUGACGAACAUGAAGAAACUUGUGCUCAAGUGUCUACUCAUGGUCAUCCGCUACGUGAAAGUGCUCAACGAGUUUUUCCUCACGUCGCUGUUCGCUUUCAUCCAUGGAAAGCCGAAGCUGCUGCAUCCCAUCACGGACGAAACACUGCUGAAACCGGCCACCGUACUCGCCGAAGAGAUCAGGAACGGCAAGCUCAAGAGUGUCGACCUAGUUGAGCGAUACAUUCGACGCAUGCGAGACGUGCAGCCUGUGAUCAAUGCUGUGGUGGAGGACCGGUACGAGGAAGCCAUAGCCGAAGCUGAAGCUGCCGACCAGCUCGUGGCAUCCGGUACAGUCACACCUGAGCAAUUGGCCAAGGACAAACCCUUCCUCGGCGUGCCACUGACAACCAAAAACUGCUAUGCUGUCAAAGGCAUGCUUCAGGACGCUGGCCUGGUGUUACGAAAGGGCUUCCGUGCACCGCAAGAUGCUGACUGCAUGGCUCUACUGCGCAAGGCCGGUGCCAUCCCGCUGGCGGUCACCAACAUCUCCGAGCUGUGCAUGUGGUGGGAGUCGUACAACAAACUGCACGGGCGCACCAACAACCCUUACGACAGCCGCCGCAUCUGUGGUGGAUCCAGUGGGGGUGAGGGAAGUCUCAUUGCCAGUGCUGGCUCCGUAUUCGGUGUUGGGACUGACAUCGGCGGAAGCAUACGGAUGCCGGCAUUCUUCAAUGGCAUCUUUGGCCACAAGCCAACAAGAGGUCUGGUGUCAAACAAGGGGCAGUAUCCACCGGCACGUGACGAAUCUCUGGAUGCCUGCCUUGCGGCAGGUCCCAUGUGCCGCUAUGCCCGAGACCUCGAACCCAUGCUGGCCGUCAUGGCGGGUACCCGUGCGUCCAUGGUGCCAUUCAACUCUGAGGUGGACUGGUCCAAGAUGACCGUGUACUACAUGGUUGACGACCUUGGCGGCACCCUCUGCACACCUGUCCACCCCGAGAUGAAAGACGCCGUGCGCAAGGUGGCCCGCUAUUUUCAUGAAACGUACGGCAGCCCGGUGGUCGAGCUUGCCCUCGAAGAGUUCCGUUACUCGGCCCAAAUCUUCACCGCAAGACUGGCGGCUGCAGCCGUGCCUCCCUUUUCCGCAGAACUGACGCUGCUAAAGGGGAAAGUGCGCGUAUGGCGGGAACUUGUGCGCUGGAUGCUGGGCCGUUCGCCGCACACUCUACCCGCCCUGGCUCUCUGCCUCCUGGAAUGGCUCUCACCGAAGCGCGGCCACCCGGCACUCUCACGCGUCCUGUCCAAGGCCGACAACUUGCGAGCCCGCCUCAACGUGCUCCUCGGUACUGGCAACGCCAUAUUCGUUUAUCCGUCACAUCCAGAGCCGGCGCCUUUCCACUACCAGCCACUGCUCAAACCGUUCAACUAUGCCUACACGGCCAUCUUCAACGUCCUCGGUUACCCGGUGUGCCAGUGUCCCGUUGGGAUCUCCCCGACCACGGGCACGCCCCUCGGCGUGCAAGUCGUGGCCGGCUUCUACAAGGACCACCUGUGCUUGGAUGGGGCACGGGAAGUCGAGAAGGCAUUUGGCGGCUGGCAUCAACCUCCGACAAAGUAGGAGAAGAUGCGCAGACGGCCUUUUGAAACGAACCGUGCCACUUCAACUUUUCUCGAAGAGGCAGACAUUGCUACCCAGUGCUGCUCGCUCGUUCACCGAUUUCCUUAGCCAAAGAUGCGGCUCGGAGACUGAAACACAGACGAAAAAUGUUGUAUAAGUACACGUGUUUUUUCUUGAUGUUUUUCUCGUGCUUCUGAGCUCCGAAACUUGCUUGGAGAAGUGUGGUGAAGCUGCAUUCUCUGUGGCAGACACGUGACUCUGCGACGGUUGCCUGGGCGCACAUUGUGGCCGAGACACUUCGCAUUAGCACUUGUGCUAGUGUUCGAAGCGCGCAGAAGUCAUCUGGAGCACUUGUUUCACGGUGCAUCUUCCCUCGAAGCUGGACACGCCUCUGCAUCGCGUCAGCAGAAACUUCCGAAUUGUGAACUCUUCCACAGGAAUCACAUGUCGGACCUGAAUGUAAUUUCUCCUUUCGUGCCUCCACACACCAUUUGAUCAUGUUCUGCAACUUUACGUCCUAGUGAAUUAAUUUUGGUUUGUCAGGCGUACGAGCUCGGUGUUGCUCAUUGAUGUCCAUAGGUAAUUUUUGCUUGUUUUUAUGCAAACAUUGUCGCACGCGUGAUGUGUGUUGUAGUGAAUGAAGCCAGCCGCCCACGAAGCUUCGUGCAGUUGGCUGUAGCCUUGGUCAGCCGUUGGUUAUGUUUACCGCCACGUUCUGAUGUGUCCUGUGUUGUGUGUUUGAAGCCGCGAAAUGCGAGCUGAAAUUCUUCCAUUAUUCUCGCAACUUCUCCAAACCGGUAGUACGUUUCUGCAUUGUGAUCUGCUCGUUCAAAGGGACGUGCAUUUGACGCUUGGGUCUAUCCAGGAUAGUAGCAGUUAGCAGCACCUUUGUAGCUUUCAUUGGUAGGACUGUCCUGUGGAAUAUAAAAUUCCGAUGCCAUAUUUUCAGAUGUUAACUUUUUUUUUUGCCUUUUCACAUAUAAGAAGGCAAUUUCAGCAUUACAUGUACAGCAUGUGCAUUGCACUAUUUUUACCACAGCUUUUCUUAACCAAAUGUAGCUGUCCAGAAAGACUGCAUCACCAUUUGCUUGUUCUUGGGCUUGUUUUGUGUUUGUUCGUCUACUUUUUUUUCAUUUAAUCUCUCUAGCCUAGGGCCAAUCUGUGAAACUGCCAACUGCUAGAAGUUUUAUAUUUAGAGGGACAUUCUUGCAGGCUAGUUUUUUCGCACUUUUGAGUGAGAUUACUUUGUGCAAAAAAAAUGGGGAGGGGGAAACUGGCCAUAUUGCUCAUUCCUUCCACCUGACCUAAUUUCUUUUGGUGUGUUAGUCUCACUCAAAAGAUCUAUCAUUAUUUUUUUUUCUAAUUGUGCACCCUUAGACAAGGUGAAAUCCGGUGUCAAAUUUACAAACAAAUUUGAUUCGUGUAGAAGUGUAGCAGCAAAUGAUAUGUUCCAUGGAUACAACGAUCAAGGUCAAGUAGUCAGCCAGGCUUGUUUAGGACAUUUUUUUAUGCAUACAAUUUGGCAUAGGUUAAUGCCAGUAUGAUCAGCACUUAAUGAUCCUACUAGAUGCAUGUAUUCCUCUGAUGAGCAUUUGGCAAAUGACUAAGCUUACCUGAAAAUCGGGCGGCCAACUCGGAAAACUGACGAGUUGAACAAAAGUGCCAUCUGCGUUUCUCCUGCUGUUGACAUGCCUUGCAUUCUCGGCGGGUACGCAAUGUCUCGUUUGCUUCAGCUUUCUUUCAUGCCUGUGUCCAGAUGCAGACGUAUCAUUCGGGAAUGAUCAGGCUCUCUUGAGUUGAUGGUUAGUGUGAUAAAAUUGAUGACCUUGGCGAUUUAGUGAAGGCAUAGGUACUUCACAAGGGCAUGGGAGUGAAUGGUCGGACGAUAGUAUUCCAAUCGUCAAACAUGGCAAGGUUUAGCAUGUGCGUAAAAAAAAGAGAGAGAGAGAGAAAGACCUGGUGUAAAAAGGAAAGUAUGGAGUCAGUGCCGCUUUAAUGCCAUCCUUGUAUUGAGGAUUAAUGUUGCUAUUUUUUCUGAGCCUCCACCUCAUCCGUGGUAGUGAUGAUCUUGUGAUGGUGUGCUACAUACACUCGUGAUAUACACAUGUCCAAUGUGGUAUACCUGUUUGUAUGUCAGAUUUUGAUUUCUGCUGUUUUCAUUUUGAACGUAGACGAAUCUACGCAUUUAGAAGGACCCUUCUUGUGUUUUCAUACUUGUGUGUUUGCUUAUGUAUACACGUUGAAAAUGCAAAAAAUUAUGGUUGGGGAGAUUAAAGCCCCGAAAGCGCCCCUCUGGCUACAAUGCUGGCAUGCACAACAGUGUCCGCUUGCCAUCUAGUUAACUGUGUUGUUAACCGCCUCAAUUAAAGUACUUGACAUUGCCCCCUGUACGAGAAGGCUACUUUACGAUACAAAGUUGAGAUGAUGAAGGGGUGUCAAGGACAUUACAACUUGUACCUCCCAUUUGUUGUGCCUGCAUUUAAUGCCUUCGGUGCAGUGCAGCUCAAAAAAUACGAACACACCACAAAAGACUUUUUGUGUCGCAUCAAAAUUGAAACAACACAAUGACGUGCCACGUUGCAGGGUGCUUGAGUAGGCCCUUUAAAGAUUUUUUUUUUAAGCUUUGAAAACAUCUGUAAUGUGCAGUGCCAUAACAGGUACAUUCUACUGCCUCCUUCUGCAAGCCCUCUCUGCAACAAGAUCAGUUCUUAUGAAGUGCACCUGUACACAGAUCCAGUUGUUCACGCAACACAUGCAUUCGGCACGCCGUUAUUAGACGCAAGGCUGCACCCGAUUUGGCUUGCUAAAUAGUGCGGAGUGGGCAUUGUGAAAGGGGAUACUCGGUGAUACCCAGACAAUGACCCUAUCAUAUUACUUGAUGUCAAUGCCGAUAAGCCGAUGGCUCUGUAAAGGCCAUUCUGUCGUAUGCUUCCUUUUGACUGUGUAUCAGGUGGCGUUAGUUCACAGCCAAGGCAGCUGCUAGCAGGCCACGGUUCAAACCAGCUAUAAUUUCACACACUCGCAGCAUUCCUAUGACAUUAAAGAAAAUUUCAUUUACACUGUCCCACUUCUUUUCCUGCCCCAAUGAUCUUGGUUAUUAUGAGCUUGCUCUGCUUGCAGAUGGGAAAUUGUGCACAUAAGUGUGAGAACAUCAUUGCAGGCAUCAACUUUGGUACAAUCUCGUGAUCAUUUAUAACCAUUCGGAGUUAUGUGUCAAUCAGUUUUUACAUUAUUGUUACAGCUUGUGAGCGAAUUUGAGCGAAUAAAGAGUAUUCAAUUUAUGACAGGCAUUAUGAGAGUGCCAACAAUUGUUCAGUAACACGAGACAUUUGUGUGUUGGCCGAUUCGUGAGCAAUUUGUUCUUUGAUGUGUUACUGGCAAAGAAGGGUAACGCUGACGAGUGACCUUUACGUUCCGUUGUUACACGUGCACGUGCUUUUCGGUUCAUGCUGGCGUGUCGAUCCUUUGUGUUUGUGUAGCAUGAUGUGUUGGACUUGUGAGAAAGAAUUGUGUUCUAGUCGCCAAGAGAAACGUCUGUAGGUUGAGUGUGACCAGACAUUAGACAAAGGCUUUUGUGUUGACUUUUUAUUUGUUCGGUCGGUCAGGUAUGCCUGUAGUGUGUCCUCGUAACGUGUCAAACUCUUGGGAACACUCCUGGCAUCUUUUUUUUCUCCUGAGAGCCUUCUUCUCUUCUCCUAAAGCUAAGGGCGUGCUGGAUUGAGGGCUAUACCUCUCAAUAAAUAUAUAUUAUCAAAUAAAUCUU